UCAUACAAACUGUCAGAGAAGAGAAAAUCCAGCUUAAUCGCAUCGCAUCGGCCCGUGGAAAUUUGGGGUUCUCUGAGGAAAUUAUAUUGUUUUCCUAAAUCAUUAUGAAAUUUAAUUCCAUAAAGCGGGUUUUCCCCUUAUAUACUAGCUUAAUAUUGAUCAUAUUUUCGAGUGCUGUGUCGCCUGGGGCAAAUGAUUUACACUUUUAUGAUGGUGUUUCUACAGCCGACGUGAUAUUUGGUGACGUGUUUUUCGAAAUAUUAGAUCCUCCCGAACUUAGGUAUUCCUAUAGGAUCAGGCCAGCGAAAGAUUUUGGUACACCUUUCAAUGAGAGUAUACAAUUCCAGGAUGCUCGUUUGGUUCCUACAGUACCUUUGCAUAGCUGCUCUGACAUAGUUAACCAUGAUGACAUUGUUGGGCAGAUUGCAUUGUCAGAAAGAGGGGAAUGUUCGUUUGUAUUUAAAACGGCAAAAGCCCAGCAGGCGGGAGCAAGAGCCAUUAUUAUAACAGAAUCUGUAGACAAAUGGGAUGAUUCACUAGAUCAUCUAAUAGAGAUGGUUGACGAUAAAAUGGAGCUAGAUGUGAACAUACCAGCAGCAUUUCUACUUGGUCGGAGUGGUGCCACAAUACUCCGUACAUUGAGAAAAUUAAAGAAAAGCUAUGCAGUGGUCAAUCUGCCAAUAAACAUGACACAUGUGCCAAUUAGUAAAAUGAAUCAACCUCCUUGGAUUUCAUGGAUUUUGUAAAUAGAUAAAUUAAUUUAUCUUCAAGCAGAGGUGGUGUGAAAUUCGCUUCGAGAUUAAGUAACGAAAAGCAUUCGGUCUUUGACUGCUUAUAAUGAAGAUCUCAUUGUACAUAACGACAUUUAAUAUAUUAUAUACAUAGUAUAAUAUGAAUCAUGUAUCGCUUUUGUAAUUUACUGUGUGAAGUAUUAAAAGUCAUAUAAUAAUGCUGUAUAAAA